UCCAGUGUUUAGAGACUCUUGCGCAGCACCGCUCGUGUGCCGAGCGCCUUUGUGUACGUCGCGAUUCUUUGUUCGGUAGCGCGAUGGAAGCAAUCCUAUUUAUUGUUUAGUGAGUGAGUGUUUAUUAUCAAAAUGUUGAGCGACGAGUCCCAGGAGAGCACUUCCACAUCGUCCGAAUAUUCUUUGAAUAUUUCCUUUGAGAAUAUCAACUACAAUGUCCGACAUGGUAUCUUGGCGGGAGGCAGAAAGACAAUCCUUCGGGACGUGAACGGAACCUUCAACUCUGGAGAGCUGAACGUCAUCAUCGGGCAAUCUGGCGCAGGCAAGAGCUCCCUCAUGGACAUACUGGCUGGAUACACGAAAGCAACAAGCGGCGAUAUAUACGUGAACGGGCGGCUACGAGAUGAGAACACGUUCCGCAGACAGUCGUGCUAUAUCCUGCAGGACGACCAGCUGCAGGACAUGCUGACCAUCCAGGAGAAUCUCACGAUAGCCGCCGAGCUCAGGCUCGGGAACCACGUCAGCAAAGAGCAGAAGGAGAAACGGAUAAACGAAAUCGUAACAUCCCUCAGCUUGGUGGAGGCUCGACACACGAGGGCGGGAGAUCUCUCGGGGGGACAGAAGAAGAGGCUGGCUAUCGGCCAGGAGCUGGUCACCGAUCCUCCUGUCAUGUUCCUGGACGAACCAACUAGUGGAGUCGACAGCUCGGUAACAAAAAAAAUAAUAGAACUUCUUCACCAGCUGGCUCGGCAGGGUCGGACGGUGGUCAUCACGAUGCAUCAGCCAUCUGCGACCCUUCUUCCGUUGAUAGACAGACUGUAUGCUUUGGUUGGCGGGAACUGCGCGUAUAUAGGCUCUGUAGACUCUUUGCUGCCGUUCCUGAAAAGGAUAGACCGCCCGUGCCAGCCCUACCACAACCCAGUGGAGCAUUUGAUUGAGUUAUGCGGAGAGUAUGAGAUUCAACAAGUACUCGUAGAAUUUUCUCAAAAUGGAAGAAACAAUGAAUGGAUUCUUAGCAAUGAGACUGAUAGUAGUCUAAAUGAUAAAAACAUAAAGAUAUGUAACGAAGUGUACCUGACUACAUUACCGCCACCAAAGGAAGACCCAACGAAGAAGAUUCUAUUAUCAUUAAAAAGUACAUACUCUACAUCAUUCUGGAGACAGUUUUCUACAUUAACACGGAGAUCUAUCCUGUCGAUAUGGCGAAACCCCAGUUUCACGUUGAUCUUGACUGGCAUCCAUUGCCUCAUGGCUUUAUUCAUCGGCUUCCUCUUCUUCAACAUCGGUCACGACGCGCGAUACGUGCGCGAAAACUACAAUAUGCUUUACUUCAGCCUUAUGUUCCUCAUGUUCACCGCAUUCAGCGCAGUCACCAUCAAUUUUCCCCAAGAAAUACCAGUGGUCCGCCGCGAGUUCUUCAAUCGCUGGUACUCGACAGCAGCAUACUACAGCUCCACGCUGGUGUCAGCGUUACCAACCCAGGGUAUAUGCACGUUGACCUAUGCGUGCAUAGUGUACUGGAUGACGGGCCAGCCACCCGAGCCGAAGAGGUUCUUCGGAUUCUGCUGGACACUCCUCAUGGUGUCCAGUGUCGCUCUCUGUCUUGGUUUACUGAAUGGGGCUACGUUUAAUGUCAAGAAUGGCGUAAUAUUUGGCCCGUUCUUCAUCCUCCCCUUCACCAUCUUCUCUGGGUUCUUCCUUCGCUACAGCGAUGCCCCUGUGUUCGUACAAUGGAUCUUCCACAUAUCGUUCCUGAAGCACGGCCUCGUCGGGCUUGUCUUCUCCAUAUUUGGCAUGGAGAGGGAGAAACUACCCUGCUCUGCCCUCUACUGCCAUUACAGACUACCCGCGCAGUUUAUCAAAGAUGUUGAAAUGAGCACUGAACAAUAUUUCAUAGUGGUUAUAGCUUUAUUCGCCAUUGGAACUGGUGUCAUUUUAAUAUCAUAUUUUAUACUUAAUUUUAGGCUUAAACAUAAAUGGUAACAUAGAUUUUAUUAUGGAAACUUACCGCCGAAUAGAUAUUAUAAUGGAUUAAAAAUUAAAAGGUUGUUAGAAUUAAUAACUUCACUUACAACGAUACUUCAUUCUUAGGUGUCUGAAUACAUAAAUUAGUUACACAUAUUAGGUAUGUGGAUUUUCUAGAUAAUUAUAAAAAAGUCUAUCUAUAUGUCGGAUUGUAGAAAGACAAAACCCGCUUCAAAUCUAGUUUCGUUCGUAAAGUUAAUUAGGUACUUACCCUACUUUAUUAUUUUGGCGCCGAUUGUUGAUAUAUCAACAUAAAAAAUCAUUAUACUUAGUAUGCAGGAUUUAGUAUUUAUUUAGGUUCCUUUAAAGGUGUAGGGAACACUAAGAAUUUCCCGAAAAGAACGGGAUUAAAACAUUUUGAAGAACUUUCGAAGUUACGGGCAAAAUCUAUCUUCCGAUAUUUACCAAUUAGAUAUUAAGUAAAUAAAAAGAGACAUUAUUAUAUCUCUUUCUUUAUAUAAUGCAUUGAAUUUUCGCUGUAAAAGUGGAUUGGAACAAAAAAAAUUUUCAGCGAAUGAUGAUUAUAUUUUCAUUAAACUAAUAGGUAUUAUGAAAAUUCUCGUCAAGAAUUACUAAUACAUAAUUAUUAUUUUGAAGUCAUAGGUAUAAAUGGUAUAAAUGAUGUCUACUUGGCAAUUUAUUUAAUGUAGAUUAAUUGGUUACAUAUAAGUAGCAUUUAUAUAUAUAUAGAACAAAAUGGCAGGUCGGGCGUGGAUCUAUCAUUGAUAAAUAAAAAGAAAAAAGGGUCUGUUUCGCAACCUUCUGAUAAAAAAUCGUAUUGUAAUCUAACAGAUAAAGUAGCUGCUAUAUAAAUCUGCCUGAAGUGACUUACCUCUUAUGAAACAUUAUUUUUAACGCUAUCUGUUCGAUAUGUUACAUAUAGACUAUCAGAUACUUUAUCAGCAAUUGGUGAAACAGGACCAAAUUGAUUGAAAGGAGUGGCACGCGUAGACUUCCUAAUCUAUGGAUCAAUAUAUCAAUAUAUGAAUUUAAAAGUAAUAUUCAUAUAUUUGUUACAAUGUGUUAUGGAUAAUUCUAUGGAUUUAUGAAAUAGGUAUCAUUUAUGUUCAGAUACUAAAAUCAUAUAUUUUAUUUAUGAAAUGUACGUAAUAGAUAUAAUAAAUCUUAUGUUUUGUUGAUUUUAUAAUUAUCUGCGAAUUUAUAUUCUUAUCUGAGAUCUCUUUAAUCCAAAUAUAUAAAACUAAAAUACACAAUUUGAUUA